UAAAAAUAUAUAUAUGAAAAUAUAUAAGAAAUGGGCCUCCCAGGAAUUAAGGUGUUUGUGGGAGUCUUGGUCCCCAGUUUUUCUGCCAAAACUCCCUGUUCCCACACAUGACCUGGUCUAGACCCCAAACAGCUGGGCCCAAAGGACAGGUGAGGCGAGUCGAGAACUUGUGCCUCCCCAUGUUCCUGCUCUUUGUCCCUCUGCCCUAUUUAGACCCAGGACUAAUAUUUGCUUUGGGUACCACAAACAGGAAAUGGGGGAGGGACAGGAGUAGGGCUGGGUGGAAGGCAGGGUAGGACCAGAAGCCUCGCUAGGCCUGGCCUGGGGCAGGCAGCCAGGGAGAAGGAGGGCCAUGCAGUGGAGACCCAGGGAUUUGGAGUAGCCCCUAUUCCAGGACAGGUGCAGGUCCUGGGAGGUGACAGAAGAUAGACCAAAGGCCCAAGAGUCCCUGGACCUGACUCCUCCUCCCAGGCAGCUGCCACACACAAACACACCUCCAGGCACCCCAGACAGGAAGGAGGAGAAAUGGGCCCCUCCUCCAGUGGCUGAGAGGCUUGGGCAAAUGUUGGCUGUUCCUAUCCCUGGUGCAUCCCAAGGCGAGCGGCAACUUCUAUCAGGCCACACCUUUUAUCUUUGUCUCUAUUUUUGAUAUCUGUGUAUUGUGAUUACACAAACCCCCACAUUGGCCUAUAUGUGCAGAUCUGAUUAUUAAGAACUUACGAUAUUCCAUGGGCUUUCCAUUCCUAAUCUCCUUUAAUCCUCACAACAAAGUAUUAUUCCCAUUGUACAGAUGAGGAAACUGUUGCACGCAGAGAUGAAAGGCAACCACCACUGUAUGUUAGGAUUGGAAGGAGCUCCAGGAAAAUCUCGUAGCCCCACUGGCCAGAAUGGGCUAAGUCUCAGAGAGGGAGGGUGGGAGAUGGGGGUGACAGUGACCUUUUUUUGUGACUCCUCCUAGACCAUCCAUCCCUGGUCCCAGGAGGACCUGUCCUCCCAGAUGGCAGGGGUGGACAGAAGGACUAUCUACCCACCCGUCCCCAUGGCCCUGACCCUCUGACCUCACCCUCUCCGCUGAUUUCUUCAUGUUAGUUCAACAUUAACCCAGAGGGGUCAGGACAGACAAUUCCUCAGUGACCCAGGAGCUGACACACUAUGGCGCACGUCCGAGGCCUGCAGCUGCCUGGCUGCCUGGCCCUGGCUGCCCUGUGUAGCCUUGUGCACAGCCAGCAUGUGUUCCUGGCUCCUCCGCAAGUGUUCCUGGCUCCUCAGCAAGCGCUGUCGCUGCUCCAGCGGGUCCGGCGAGCCAACAGUGGCUUCGUGGAGGAGCUGCGCAAGGGCAACCUGGAGCGAGAGUGUGUGGAGGAGACGUGCAGCUACGAGGAGGCCUUCGAGGCUCUGGAGUCCUCCACGGCCACGGAUGCUUUCUGGGCCAAGUACACAGCUUGUGAGACGGCGAGGACGUCUCGAGAUACGCUUGCUGCAUGUCUGGAAGGUAACUGUGCUGAGGGUCUGGGUACGAACUACCGAGGGCAUGUGAACAUCACCCGGUCAGGCAUUGAGUGCCAGCUAUGGAGGAGUCGCUACCCACAUAAGCCUGAAAUCAACUCCACCACCCAUCCCGGGGCCGACCUGCAGGAGAAUUUCUGCCGCAACCCUGACGGCAGCACCACAGGACCCUGGUGCUACACUACAGACCCCACCGUGAGGAGGGAGGAAUGCAGCAUCCCUGUCUGUGGCCAGGAUCAAGUCACUGUAGCGAUGACUCCACGCUCCAGAGGCUCCAGUGUGACUCUGUCACCUCCAUCGGAGGAGUGUGUCCCUGAUCGGGGGCGGCAGUACCAGGGGCGCCUGGCAGUGACCACACAUGGGCUCCCCUGCCUAGCCUGGGCCAGUGCGCAGGCCAAGGCCUUGAGCAAGCACCAGGACUUCGACUCGGCCGUGCAGCUGGUGGAGAACUUCUGCCGCAACCCAGACGGGGAUGAGGAGGGCGUGUGGUGCUAUGUGGCCGGGAAGCCUGGUGACUUUGAGUACUGUGACCUCAACUAUUGUGAGGAGGCUGUGGAUGAGGAGACAGGAGAUGGGCUGGGUGAGGACCCAGACAGGGCCAUCGAAGGGCGUACCGCCACCAGUGAGUACCAGACUUUCUUCGAUCCGAGGACCUUCGGCUUGGGAGAAGCAGACUGUGGGCUGCGACCUCUGUUUGAGAAGAAGUCGCUGGAGGACAAAACUGAAGGAGAACUCCUGGAAUCCUACAUCGACGGGCGCAUUGUGGAGGGCUGGGAUGCAGAGAUCGGCAUGUCACCUUGGCAGGUGAUGCUUUUCCGGAAGAGUCCCCAGGAGCUGCUGUGUGGGGCCAGCCUCAUCAGUGACCGCUGGGUCCUCACCGCCGCCCACUGCCUCCUGUACCCGCCCUGGGACAAGAACUUCACUGAGAAUGACCUUCUGGUGCGCAUUGGCAAGCACUCCCGCACCAGGUAUGAGCGAAACAUCGAAAAGAUAUCCAUGCUGGAAAAGAUCUACAUCCACCCCAGGUACAACUGGCGGGAGAACCUGGACCGGGACAUUGCCCUGAUGAAGCUGAAGAAGCCCAUUACCUUCAGCGACUACAUCUACCCUGUGUGCCUGCCCGACAGGGAGACGGCAGCCAGCUUGUUCCAGGCUGGAUACAAGGGGCGGGUGGCAGGCUGGGGCAACCUGAAGGAGACGUGGACGGCCAACGUUGGUAAGGUGCAGCCCAGCGUCCUGCAGGUGGUGAACCUGCCCAUCGUGGAGCGGUCGGUCUGCAAGGACUCUACUCGGAUCCGCAUCACUGACAACAUGUUCUGUGCUGGUUACAAGCCUGGUGAAGGGAAACGAGGGGAUGCCUGUGAAGGCGACAGCGGGGGACCCUUUGUCAUGAAGAACCCCUUAAACAAACGCUGGUAUCAAAUGGGCAUCGUCUCAUGGGGUGAAGGCUGUGACCGGGAUGGGAAAUAUGGCUUCUACACACACGUGUUCCGCCUGAAGAAGUGGAUACAGAAGGUCAUUGAUCAGUUUGGAGAUUAGGGGGCCACUCAUAUUCUGGGCUCCUGGAACCAAUCCAGUGAAAGAAUUAUUUUGCUGUUUCUAAAACUAUGGUUCCCAAUAAAAGUGACUCUCAACGA